AUGGAGCCAAUUUUGAAUUUGUCGAAGAAGCUUCGAAUCAUAUACAGUGAUCCUGAUGCCACAGAUUCAUCAAGCGAUGAAGAAGAGAUGAACAAGCAGAGGAAUCAAAUUGUGGGUAUUAAGCGUGUUGUCAAGGACAUUUCUUGGUUAGCUGUCCCGUUCGAGUCAUCAAAAGACAAUGACGUUACCGGUUCUAAAAGACUUCGAAAAUCUUCUACCAUGUCUAAGGGUGUUCGCAGAAGGCCUUGGGGCAAGUUUGCUUCAGAAAUUAGAGAUCCUUUCAACAAAAAACGGCUAUGGCUUGGUACUUAUUGUACUGAAGAGGAGGCUGCUGCUGUUUAUCAGGCAAAGAAGCGUGAGUUUGAAAUUAUGAUGGUGGCUGAGGAGAAUAAGAACUCAUCCACAGUUUCAAUAGAUAUCAAUGAGCUCUACACCCAACGAUCUCCUUCGUCGGUGCUCGAUGUUUUUGUUAAUCCCAUUGAAGAGGAAGCAAACAAUGGGAGAAAACAAUAA